AUGGAUGACUUUAGCUCCUCUUUAAGUAAAUUAAAAAAAGAACAGGAAAAAGAAAGAAAGAGAAUAUUAGAAAAAAAACAAAAAGAAAAGAAAAUCCAGGAAAAAAGUAAGUUUGAAGUUGAAGAUUAUUUAUCUAGUAUUGAAAGAGCUUUUAUUAAACAACAAAAGAACAUUAUAAAUGAAAUAAAUUUAGAUAAAUAUAAUACAAACCCAAAUUUAAAUGAUGGAAUUUUACAAGAAGAAAAUAAAUAUUCUUGGAUACUUAAACUUAAUUUAAAAGAUGAUAAUAAAUCUAAAUUCCCUAACAAUGGAGAAACUGAUCAGGUAAUUCUUCCAGCUGAUUUAUUGAAAAUAUUAAGUAAUGAUGAGUCUAUAUAUCCACUUUAUUUUAAUAUAAAAUGUUUAAAUUAUAUAGAAAAGAAUGAUAAACAAGAUAAAAACAUAAUAGAAACACAUUGUGGGGUUUUGGAUUACUCAGAAGAAUCGGGAUUUAUUUCUUUACCAAAAAAAGUAAUUAGAUGUUUAAAUAUAAAUCUACAUGAUUUUGAUCCUAAAAAAAGUGGUUCUACAAUAUGGAUUCAAAUUACAUAUAAAAAUCUUCCUAAAGGAUCUUUUGCUUCUUUUGAAAUAUUAAACAGUCAAGAUAUUUUCAAAAUGCAUCAUAUUGAAUCUUUUCUUGAAAGUUAUUUAAGAAAUAACUUUCUUACUUUAACUAUUGGAGACACUUUAAUAAUAAAUCAACCAAACUAUUUGAGCAAUAAUUACUGUAUUUCUAUAAUUAAAGUCAAGCAUUUGGAACCAGAAAAUUCGAUUAGCUUAAUUAAUACAGAUAUUUCUCUGGAUAUAAUUUAUAAAGAUAAUAAUGAUUUCAAUAUAGAUCCUAUAAAAGAUCAGACUAUUAGUGAAGACUUGGUUAUUAAUACUAAUAAUUCAACUAAACAAUUGAAUAUUGGAGAUAUUUUAAAUAUUGAUGACGGGUUAGAUGUGAUUCAUUUUAAAGUAGAUAUCCCAUUUAACCUGAAAAAAGUUUUUUUAAAUGAGUCAAAUACUCAAAGUACAGCUAAACUAAGUAUCUCAGUCUUUUCAAACUACUAUUACGACAUUUUUGUCUCUUUUCCUCCCAUUUUUGAAGCAUCUUCUCACUUAUACAUAUUCAGAUCUUUCCCUGAAGACCAGAUUAGUGAAAUCAACAUUGAUAACAGCAGUUUUGGGAAUAAAAAUAAUAAUACAACCACAAACAAAACCACUAAUAUAACUAACAAUCUGUUUAUUUCCAGUCUUGAUUUCAUUAAUUAUUUGAAAACUCUGGAAAGCAAUGCUUACAAUCAAGAUAAUUCUACUUUGUUGGCCAUAUUUCCCUCUAUUUUAUUUAUUACUAUACAAAAGUAUGAAAGUAAUCUACUUGAUUCUAAUAUUCUAUCCAAAAAAACACUUUCCUCUUCCUCUAGUAUCCAGGUAAAGAUCAAUUACAGUAAAAACAAUGAUGAUUUGGAUAGAUAUAUUCCAGAUAGUGGAUAUUCAAUUUGCACAAAUUGCAAAAGAAAAGUACCAAAUGUUAACUUAGAUUUACAUUAUAUACAAUGUGAGAAGAUUUACAAAAGAUGUGAUAAAUGUGAUCUUGUUUUAAAAAAAAUAGAUCUUGAAAAACAUACUCAUUGCAACAAAUGUUUCAGAUUUGGAUUAAGCUUGGAUCAAGUUGAUCAUCAUGAGAAACUAUAUCACCAGUAUACUCAAUGUAAACUUUGUAAUCAAGAUAAUAUUAAACCAAUACAACUUAGAAUCCACCAAACACAAGAGUGCCCAAAAAGAAUUAUACUUUGUAGAUAUUGUAAUGAUUUUGUACAAGCAGGUACCAAUGGACAUUAUGUUGAUUAUAAAGAUAAAUAUUAUUACAAUUUAACAUCACAUGAAUCUUAUUGUGGAUCUAGAACAACAAACUGUCAUUUAUGUAAUAAAACAGUAUUAAUUAAAGAAUUAAAAUCUCAUAUUGAUUUAAUACAUACAAAGUAA